GAAUGACAAAAAGCGUGACUGGUACCUUCAGAGUUUAAAGAAACUGUAUAGAACAAAGAUUGAAAACUGCUGUCCUAAAAAUUAUGACAAGGCAAAGAAAAAGGCGUUAGAGAUGGAGGAGUACAAUAGAGACAAGACUCUCAAGAAACAUAAGGACUCAAACAUACCUGAAAACCCACAACUCAAUCUAUUGGAUGUUGACGAGUGUGGUGAUAUAAGAGCAUUUGAAAAAAGAAAAAAGAAGGACGAAGUUACUGAAUCAUUCGAACCAUUGGGAAAAAGAGGAAAAAUUAAAGAACCCAUACAAGGAAUCGAACAAGCCAAGUUACGUAAAAAUUUGUUCAAGUGGUUACCCAAAGCACGAUCUGAAUUAACAAGAGCUUUGACACAACGAAAAAAGGAAACCAUCUCUGAUCAAAAUGUGAAAAUAAGAAUCGUACAAAGUGACUUGCACAAAAAUAAAUCAAGAUCAAGUGAGGUUGUGUCCGUCUGGUUGGUCAAGAUAAAUAGAGAUACUGUGAAAGCCUCGAUCGAUCCUAGUUCCCGCAUUAAUCUCAUGUUGAAAAGAUAUGCUGUAAAGAGAGGGUUGGAAUGGAAUCAAGUAUGUGUGGAUAUGGAAGGUAUUAUAGUUCGACAAGGCUUUUAUGUAAUGGAGACAGCUAGCUUUGAGGUUCUGUUGGGCAUGCCAUGGAAUGUAAGAGCACAAUGCUCGUUGGUGCCAAGAAGUUGGGUGAGCGAAGUACUAAUUGAUAAUCAUGUAGACGAAAUUGACAGUGAUGAUGAUAGUGACUUCGACAAUGUGGAUGACAUUAUAGUGGUGCGAAGAAUAGAUGUAGAAGAACCUAAGGAAUUGAAUGAAGAAACGCAAGCUCUAACCAUUUUAAACAAAGCCAAAAAUAGAGGCAAAGUGGACGAUAGGUUAAUUGAUAGAAAGGACAUUCUUGUUGUGUCGAGAUUAACGAUGGAGAAUAUGUCUGAAGUUUUCAUCUACGAAUUGAGAAACAUCGGCAAAACAAACCUCAUAGAAUAUGAAAUUAGAACUGGUGACAUGGUUAUACCAUCAAUAAGGCUCCAUCUGAUUAGAAUAAACAACCCUGAAACAAGAAAGAUAUUUGCGGACUACUUAAGGCAAAUGAUCGAAUGUGGAUUGUUGGAAAAGGGAUCAGGUGAAUACGCCUACCACUGCUUUCCCGUACAAAAGAAAAAAGAUGAAACUGACAAAAUAAGGGCUGUUGACGUGUUCAAAGGAUACUGGCAAAUAGAUAUCUGUGAAAAAGACCUUUAUAAAGUAGCUGUAGCUACGUCUCUUGGUGUACUACGAUACACAAAGAAUGUUGCUGCGGCAUACCAGAACAAUAUUGAAAUAUGGACAAAUGAAAGCAUGGAAGAACACUUGGAGACAUUCGUCGAGUUAGCUGAGAGACCUGAAGAAAAUAAUGCGUUCGAGUUGUUAAAGCAAAAAUUGAGUGAGGAAGUCAUUCUGAAAGCGUCCAAUUGGCAAGCUGCCAAGCAUGGACAAAAGCCGUAUCAUAUAUAUACUGACACUUGUGAUACUUCUGUGGGGGUAGUUCUUGAGCAAGAAGACAAUGAAGGAUGCUUGAAGCCCGUAUCGUUCGAUUCCAGGAAGUUGUAUGAACAUGAGUUGCAUUACAUUGUCACUAAAAAGGAGUGUUUAGAGAUCAUGUUUGGUUGUCACAUAAAUGAACGAUAUGUGACUGGAACUGUAUUUGAUGUAUGGGUGGACCAUCAGACUUUGGAAUGGUUGUUCAAUAAGGUUGAGUUGAAAGAUGGAAUGUCACGAUAUCCUGCCUUACCAAAUCAAUGUACACAGACCAAUGAUGACUUCGUUAAAGGGUUGUUGUAUUGUGUGGGCUUGGAAAAUCAAAAAAUUAAUGAUUUGUUUCUAGUAAAACAAUACUUGCAACAAUUGAGUUGGAAGCUACAUAAAAGAGCCCCGCCAAGGCGUGUUGUGUUAGAAGACUGUAACAAACAAGACAUCGUGAAGGCAUGUUAUAAAGGAUUAGCGAAUAAAGGUGGCCAUCAAGGUAUCAAUAGGACCUUGACCUUGGUGAAGAUAAAAUAUGUUUAG